UUAUGUUGCCACUUUUGUUUCAUUUGUUUUCUUCUCUCUCUAGUAAUUGCUACAGAUGAAAUCAGCAUAGGAAUGAUGGGGAGGUUGAAUUAUAGGAGAGGGUGCAUGAGUUUAGUGCAAUCAUAGGUCACCCAUUUGUUUCAAAAAUGGAUUUGUCUUUUCCACCCUUUUGCUUUCGGUUAAAGAAAAAAGGUUGAUAGAACAGAACCUGGUUUCUGAUUGCACCCUCAUGAGAUUGAGGAAGCGUAAACGAUGUUUUCCCUCUUGUUCUUCUCUUCGCAAAGUUGACGAGGAUGAGAUUUAUUGGAGGCACAGAAAGGAAGAUGAAGAGUUGGAAUGGACACCUAAUUCCACUCACUUAAUAUCUCAGUUGACUCAAUGUUUUAGACUUUGUUGCGAGGAAUGCCUCUUCUGCAUUCUGUUUUCUGACAUAGCAAAUGAAAUCAAUGACCAUUUUCAGAAUGCAAUAGAAGAAAUUAUUUCAGAUGUGAAAUUCAGUAUGUCAAAGUAUACAAUGACUAACAACACUGCAACUAAUGCUAUGGUUGGAUCAAGAUCAUGGAUAGGAGGACUCUUUCACCGCACAAGCACUAAGCGAAAUAAUGAUAAAUUUGUUGACUAUCCUUUGAGUCCCGUUGAGGAGGAAAGACUUCAAAGGCUUCAAGAACGGGUGCAAGUGCCUUAUGAUGAUACUCGCCCCGAACAUCAAGAAGCACUGAGAGCUUUAUGGGUGUGUUCCUUUCCCAAUGUAUCUCUGGAAGGCCUAAUUUCUGACCAAUGGAAAGAUAUGGGAUGGCAAGGUCCUAAUCCAUCAACUGAUUUUAGGGGAUGUGGUUUCAUUUCCCUUGAAAAUCUACUGUUUUUCGCGAGGAAAUACCCGGCAUCUUUUCACAGGUUGUUACUGAAGAAAGAAGGAAUCAGAGCAACCUGGGAGUACCCAUUUGCUGUUGCUGGCAUUAAUAUAUCAUAUAUGUUGAUACAGAUGUUGGAUUUAGACUCAGAAAAGCCACGAUGUCUUCCAGGCGCCAAUUUUGUCAAGUUAUUAGGAGAAAAUGAAGAAGCGUUCGAUAUUUUAUACUGUAUAUCGUUUGAGAUGAUGGAUGCACAAUGGCUGGCUAUGCACGCUUCCUACAUGGAUUUUAACGAUGUUCUAAAUGCAACACGAAUUCAAUUGGAGAGAGAGCUUUCCUUAGAAGACAUCAACAGAAUUCAAGAUCUUCCUGCUUUCAAUCUGUUGUAACACUAAGAUUAGUUCUUCCUCUUCUGUCCAUAAGAAAAAAAAAAUUAUCAAGUGGCACAAUUUUGUAAGUAUUGCAGACAAUGUCUAUCCUAAAUGAACUGCAGGACUUUGCUUCUCUUCUGAAUCAAUUUGUAUGAGUCACCUUCCAAGUUCUCUAUAUGCUGAAUAAAUAUGAGAUAAUGACAUUGAAGGGGCGUUUGAGAACCAUAAAUUGUAGUUGUUGUGGAGUUCCUUAAUCCUUAG